CUAUUGCCUUAGCUUCUGUGAGGCAUUCAUCAAAACACCUUCGCCAUUUCUCUGCAACUCUAACUCAAUACCUUCUCUCAAUGGAAGUUCAAGCUAAGCCGCAGGAAGAACUCAUCGUUUAUCGCUCAAAACUCCCCGAUAUCUACAUCCCAAAUCAUCUCCCUCUCCAUUCAUAUUGCUUUGAGAAAAUUGCAGAAGUCGCUUCACGUCCCUGUUUGAUCAAUGGCUCCACCGGUGACGUCUACACCUACUCCGACGUCGAACUCACCUCCCGCAAAAUCGCCUCCGGUUUAAACAAGCUCGGCAUUCAACAAUACGACGUUAUAAUGUUGCUCCUCCCCAACUUCCCUGAAUUCAUUCUAUCAUUUCUUGGGGCUUCCUAUCGCGGCGCAGUCGCCACUGCUGCCAACCCUUUCUUCACGCCGGCAGAGAUUUCAAAGCAAGCCGAAGCAUCGAACGCCAAGCUCAUAAUAACACAAGCGUGUUACGUCGACAAAGUUAAGGCCUUAUCCGAAAAAGGAGACGUCAAGAUCAUGUGCAUUGACGCAGCCCCGGACGGUUGUUUACAUUUCUCUGAACUAACGCAGGCCGAUGAGAACGAUUUUCCGGAAGUUAAAUUCAACCCGGACGACGUCGUGGCAUUACCAUACUCCUCCGGGACAACGGGGCUGCCAAAAGGAGUGAUGUUAACGCACAAAGGACUGGUGACAAGCGUGGCACAACAAGUUGACGGAGAGAAUCCCAAUUUGUAUUUCCAUUGUGAAGAUGUAAUCUUGUGUGUGUUGCCACUGUUUCACAUCUACGCGUUGAAUUCGAUUUUUCUUGCCGGGCUGAGAGCCGGGGCGACCAUUUUGCUCAUGCAGAAGUUUGAGAUAAAUUCAUUGUUGCAGCUGGUACAGAGGUACAAGGUAACGGUGGCGCCUAUCGUGCCGCCGAUCGUUCUGGCCAUCGCGAAGUCGCCUGACGUCGACAAGUAUGAUUUGUCGUCGAUCAGAAUUAUAAAAUCCGGAGCGGCACCGCUGGGGAAGGAGCUUGAAGAUUCUGUGAGAGCCAAAUUUCCUAACGCCACACUUGGUCAGGGAUAUGGAAUGACAGAGGCUGGACCAGUUCUAGCAAUGGGUUUGGCAUUCGCAAAACAGCCAUUUCCAAUCAAACCAGGAGCCUGUGGAACUGUUGUUCGAAAUGCAGAGAUGAAGAUCAUCGACCCUGAUACCGGCACUUACCUUCCUAGGAAUCAGCCCGGAGAAAUCUGCAUCAGAGGCGAUCAGAUCAUGAAAGGAUAUCUGAAUGACGUGGAAGCCACAAAGAGAACGAUAGACAGUGGAGGGUGGCUGCAUACCGGAGACAUUGGUUACAUCGAUGACGAUGAUGAAUUGUUCAUCGUUGAUCGAUUGAAGGAGCUGAUCAAAUACAAAGGAUUUCAAGUUGCUCCUGCUGAACUUGAAGCCAUGCUUCUCACCCAUCCCAGAAUCAGUGAUGCUGCCGUUGUACCGAUGAAAGAUGAUCAAGCAGGAGAGGUUCCAGUUGCAUUUAUUGUGAAAGCAAAUGAUUCUCAAAUCACUGAGGAUGAAGUGAAGCAAUUUAUUUCCAAACAGGUUGUGUUCUACAAGAGAAUAAAUCGUGUAUUUUUCAUUGAUGCAAUUCCGAAAGCACCAUCAGGGAAGAUUUUAAGAAAAGAUUUAAGAGCUAAAUUAGCAACCGGUUUACCAAACUAGACUUUAAUAAUUUGCCAAAUCAGAUAAAUGAUAAAGUGCUUUUGGAAAAAGCAAUUAAUUUGGCUUCAAAGGAAAUUUAUGGGAUUUGUUGUUGAUUAUGCUGAGAUUCAAAAGAAUUCAUGUAUGUAAAUCUAUGAA